AUGGAAGAAGAACAAAAAACAAAUAAAUUUAGAGAAAUUUUAGGAAAAAGUCAAAAUUUUAAAGAUUUUAGUAUGUUUAGAAACAUUUCAAAAAGAUUUUUACAAGAUCAUCGAGAUUUUGAAGGCCUUUGUUUAUUUGAUAAAUAUUCAGCAAAAAAUGCUUCACAUGAUGUAGAUAUAAUCAAAGCAAUUCACCAAGAAUGGCGUGGUCAUCAACAAGAAACCGAUAAAGGGAUAAGAUUUAUAUUUAGUGUGUUAUUAAGGCAUCUUAAAGGAAAUGCAAAGUUAUGCUAUUUGUACUUUCUAAUGAUAGAUUAUGUUUUUGGUUAUAUUAAUUUAAGUGAAAAGGACAAUGAAAACGUGGUAAUUAGAGGAAAAGUCAACUAUUCUACAAAUGAUGGUUUUAUAGAAAUUGAUAUAGAACUUGUCAUUAUGAGGUUAAUAAAUUUAUUUAAUGCUUUGGAAGAAGGGGAUUUCAAAGAACAAAAGAACGACGGCAUCUUCUUUGCAUUGAUCAUGAUAUGCAAUAAAAUUGUUAACUUUGAAAAACUACAAUUGAUGAAAGAUUAUGUAGAAAUAAAAAAAGAUAAAACAAAUAAAUUCAAAAUUAGCAGAAUACAUUUGAACGCAAUGAGAAUAAAUUUUAUGUUCUAUUUGGGCAUAAUUCGCAUGGAACAUCAAAGUAGUCAAAUACAUUCAGGUCCAUAUGACAUCUUUCUUAAUUUCAUAGACUAUUCUUUUUCUUCCUCUCAUCCUUACCAAUCUGAGAUUAAUAAAUUACAGAAUGAAUUUUCUGAAGAACAAUUUAGGUUGGCAAAGGAAUCUCAAGAACAAAAUGAUGAUUUAUAA